CUCUUGAAAAACAUUAUCAAUUUGUCCAAUUUACAAUUUGUGUUUAGGUCAUUCGUUGUUGAAAGUUUCGAGUUGUAUCAGUCUUUGGAUAAUGCAAACAAUAUACCGCUUAAAAGAACCACAAAUUGACAGGGAAGAGGACGUCAGGACAAUUAUACGGACGUUUCUUUUUCAGUUCUCGGAGAAGGCGUACGGUGGGCCUUCGUUCAAUCGCCCGGCUUGCUGUUUUGCGCCGCAUAUUUAUGGAGCCGGCAAAACAUUUCUAGGCCAAAACUUUUUGGUCUAUUUGAAUAUUUUUGCAGAGCGUGAGUGUUCCAAUGCACAGGCUUUUCAACAACUACACAGUUCAAACGAUAACCCCCAACCGAGUGCUUUGAAGGUGCCUUGGAAACACUUUGCGGAACAAACUUUGUCAGUUAUCUUAGAACUAAGAGAGAGCUUUUCUGAUGCUCCUUUUCCAAGUUUUCGAAAGGCUUUGAUGUAUAAUAUUAUUUUGAACGCUUACCGACAAAAUGGUAAAGAUGCGGACGCUCUUCAAAUAGCUGAAAGGACGGUAAAGAAUUUUGAUAUUGUAGGAGCUAUUAAUUGGCUUCUCGAACAAUUUCAGAAACGAUAUUUAUUUUUGAUGAUAGACGAACUUAGCCACCUGAGUUACCUCACCACAUACUAUAGUGAACUUACCACGAAACAGUUUUUUGAGUCUGACCCAAAAUAUGUACCUUUCCGGAAUUUCUUCCGCAUUCUACGUAGUUUUUUGAUUACAGGGAAGGUAAUUGUCUAUGUGGCAGGUCGAACUGCUGAAAUCUCAGCCCCCUUGUCUGAUGCUCGCUCCAGUAGAGUGAGUCUCCGUAUGUUGCGGUUGAAUCUCUUUAACCUCCAUGAUAUUAACGAAUAUCUUGAGCUGGCAACUUAUGAUGGAAAGUCCUUGAAGGACUGUUUAUUGCCCUUUGAUGAAUUACGAUAUCGAUUCGUAGAAUUGUUGAAGAAGAAGACAGGGGGUAUUCCGUUGAUUGUAAGGAAUACUUUAUUAGCCCUAGUAGGGAAAGUUUCAAACUUAUCGCAACCUGUUACCAACGAUGACAAUAUGGAACUUUUGUUAGAUAGUGUCUUUAGCUCUUUACUACUAGAGUCAGUAACGUUUAUUAUUCCAGAGAUACUAGAUUCCGCAACCCUUCUUCGAUAUCAAUUUGUCCUUUUGAAUUAUCAGCUUGGGACAGUUUUUCCAAUUGACUUUGUAAUUACUCUAUGUGGAACGAGAAGUUAUUUGAUGGACUUGGUUGCAACUUUUGGGUUUUACUUUGAAAUUUGUGAAACUGACGGGAUUGAUUUGGGCACUGAAUUCAAGAUUGGUUGUUGUGAUUUUAUAUUGAGAGCUCAUAGCAACUAUAACUUUUUCCUUGAGGCUACUGAACUCUUGCCUUUAUCUCCGUUUAGUUAUAUUUCCGACAUUUCAACAGCAAAGGGAGUCUUCUUUGAAUUUAUAUUUAUGAAGAUCUUUCGUUUUCGCUUAUUAACUUUUCUUCAUUCUAGUUCCUCGCAGAUUGUGCAUUCUGCUAUUCCAGGAAUUUUCGAGGGUUCUUUUAUUGAACAGGACAAUGUUUCUUAUUCUAUGGAAUCAACAAAAUCUAAUGAUAUACCCAUCUUGAGAAAUGUCUCUGAUUCAUUUUCUGACCAUUAUGGAAAAUUUUUACAACGUUGUGGUAUUUUUGUUCCAAAAGAUGGCAAUUCUAGUGGCGCUGAUGCAUAUGUUGUAUUCCAUAAUGGUGAAACACGUUAUGUUGUUGGAUUUUCAUUUAAAUUUUAUCACAAAAGUGAAUUUUCGAAAAGAAAUAUUGAGAAGGAAGCAGAACAAUUUUUUAAGGGAGUUGUUUCCGUUUUGAAUGACGAAUCUUUUUCAUCUGUUCAACUUUGUUUUCAGUUUGUGGUAGUUUGUACUAGUUAUGGUCGAUCUGUAGUUUUCUCUAGUGAAGAACAGAAUAUUGUUGAGGAUGCAAGUUAUUUGGUAACUGAACAUUCUGCAGGGUCAACUUUGAAUGAAAGUAGUCGAUCAUGUAUGCAAUUGAUAGUUGUUUCCCAAAGGAACCUUGAACGAUUUUUGGGAAUAGAAAAUUUCGAUAUUUUGAGGAAAAUUGACAAGGCAAGCCGAGAAGAGUUCAGUAAAUACUUUUCAGUAUGGUGUAAAACUAUCUUUGAGUCGAUGUCUAAUGAAUAUGUUUCAUCUUUGGAAGCUGAGCAAUCAAAUGCUUCUGUUAGAGUGGCUCGAAAUAUAAGACCGAGAACAAACAAGGAGAAUAGGAUGCAAAUGGAAGGUUUUCAAAGUGCUAUGCAAAUGGAAGAAGGAAAUAUACGAGGCAAACGAAGUGUUGUAGCUUCCAGUUCUUCGUCAUUUGAUUGGAAUUUGUUUCUCCGUCAAUUGGGAUUUGAUGAAAGUCAAGUUCGUGAAUAUGUUUCAAAGCUCCCACGUCUUCCGGUAUCUGCUCUAAAAUACAUUUCUUUUGACGACUUAAUGCAUACAAGAAUUAGAGAAGAAGACAUUGUGAAAAUUUUGUUCUGGUUGCAGAGAGUUUCAACAAAGUAGAGAUAAUCCUAUUGUCAUUACUGAUGUUGGUGUUAUAAAUUAGUGUUUUGUGUGCAUUGUUAUUAUUAUAGAUUAUGGAUAUUCCAAGGAACAACUCUACAUUUUAUUGAUACAAUAUUCUUUACAAGGGAGAUUGAGGCUCAACUGAAGGUAGUGUGUCCACUCUUUCGCUACAGUUAGUCGAGUAGAAAAAAUCUCCUGAAUUUUCAGAUAAACCUUUAUAUACAAGUCAAAAAGGUCACGUUUGCACCCCCGCUAUGUGUGAUAAUACGCCAGGCCACUAUGCUCAGUGCCUCUCUACAGAAUAUCCUGACAAUCUUGAUGCAAGAAACCUUUUCAAUGGAAGAAUAGGUGAAACUUGUUUUCUAUUAUAGUCAAAGAGCACUUUAGGAAUUGAGUUGUGAAUUUCAAAGACGACCCAUUCUUCAAGUUGUCUUUUUGUUGACUGAAACACUUUCAAGGCUACACGCAAGUGCUUGUAAGAAGCUUGAAUAUUUAUUUUAAAAAAGAGUCCCUGUGAUAGUCAAAACUUUCUUAUGUGCCGUUUGUGACAACUGUAGUAUGUGACAGCUACUUUCAUCCUGGUCAACAAAUGGUGGGACUUUCGAAAGCUCUUGAAAUAUAUUAUCAAUAGUUGUAUAAAGUUCAUUACGUGAAA